AAACAAUGCAAUUAAUCUACACAGAAACAUCAAGAAAAAUAUUAACUUUCAAGCACACCUCGUAGAAAGAAUUCAUCUGUAACAUUUACAUGAGAGAUUCUGAACAAAAUAACAUUCACUAUUAACUGUUAUGCCGAUGUCAGAUGUUUGUUCAAAGCACAAAGUCAAACAUUCUGACAUCCAAAGUCAAACAUUCUGAAAUCCACUUUGAACUGAAAAGGUAAUCCUGGUUAACUGUACAGUCUGUACACAUUCUCCCGAGGGACAGAUUUCCAAGUUUUAAUAAAACACUCAAAUAUGUCAGAAAACCUUUAAAAAUUACCCAGUUCUUUAUGGUCAUUGGGAAAGCUUCCCAAAACAUCCUUUCUGUCGCCGAUGCUUGUGUUCACCUUGUGUGCCUGCAGGUUGUACGAGCUAUUCGCAAGCUGGAACACAGGAAGAAGAGGAUUCGUACUCUCAUUGACCAGCUGGUGGCCACGUGCCUUGACCUUGACCCUCACCUCCUGGAAGGACUGCCCCGAGUGCAGUUGAACAAAAGACCAUGCAUGAUUAAUGUUCACACAAUGUCGUUUGAGCAGCUCCUGCUGGAGGUGCACACGGUGGAUCAGGAGAGUCGGAAUCUACAGGACUAUGCUAAUGUGUUACUGCAGAGAAUUGGAUCAGUGAAGCCGGACGUCCUGGACACAUUUAUUACAAUACUGGAGUCUUCAGACGAGAGUGCAACCAGUUGCCAGAGUAAUUAGAUCCAAAGACACUGUGCAUAGUAUAUCUAGUCCUGAUGGUUCAGUACUUCACGAGGUUAUUUUGUCUAGAUGCAUCAGAACAUAUGCAAACCAGCAUUGAAAAGAAGGUAGUGAGAGCAAUGCUGGGUUACAUGUUGGGUCACAGCAUGUGAAGUUAGUAUUGUGUGGUCAUGUGACUAGUAUA